UUCAACUAAAAUCACACUAAUUUUCAUUUUUAUUACCACCGUUUAUUAGCAUCUAACAUACAAACAAACAUUUGUAAGACAAUAGUCACUUCGUUUUGUGUCACACAUCUUCACUUUGCACCAACACAAACAAAAACAAUAUUUUCCCCAACAAAUCGAAGAUAAUAAAUCCCCUCUUUUCGCUAUUAUUUUUUUUAAGAGAGAUCCGUUGUACAUCUUCCAACGGCUAGUUUUCUCCACUUCAUCAAUUCUCCCUUCAACUUUCACACUCUUUCUCCUUUGAUUCCUCUUUCACCUUCAACAAUUUCAAACCCCAAAACGGCAAAACCGCCCCCAAUUUCUAGGGUUUUCAGUUCAAUACACUUCAAUCCACUCAAAAAAUGAGUCCAACAAUGGCGUCAGAAAAUCCAAAGCCCGAAAUUCCAACUCCAAUGCCAACAAAUCCUCCAAAUUCUCGACGAUCUCGACCUAGGGUUCGUGAAGUAAGCUCGAGGUUUAUGUCACCUGUAGCAAAACCUCCUUCAACAAUUCCAUCAACACCUUCGGAAUCUCACAUUUCUCGGAAUCACUCUCUCCGACGAUCAAAUACCGACUACCGGCCACCCCAAUCGCGUUAUGCUGAUGAAAAUCAACCCGAUCGUAUCAAUCGGAACUCCGUUAGUCCUGUUCGAACCACAUCGAAGCCUCGAGCUGCUGUGAAAUUGUUUAAAGAAGGUUCAAGAACUGAUACUCCGGUUCCAGUGGGUACGGUCCAGAGAUUGGUUCGUAAUCGGAGUUGGGAUACAGCUGCUGCGAAAUUGUUACAAUCUGGUGGAAUUGUGGCGAAUGAGAUUGAUCGUGAUAUUGAUGAUGGUACGAAUUCUGUUGAUAGUGAUUGUGAAUCGGUGAAAUCCGAACAGGUUAAUCAUUUUAUUAAUGGUAAUAAUUAUAAUAAUAAUAAUAAUGGUGGGAGAGGUUCGACGCCAUGUUCAAAAUCAAUGGAGUUCUCUUUUUCGGCACAUGAAGUGCCACAGACGGUUAAAGGUGGUCAGAUGAAUAAGGUGGCGCGUAGUCUUAAUCUUCCUCCGAUGCCUCCAACGAUUGGGGGAUGUUCGAGGGUGGAAGGAAAGAAAGUGGGGUUGAAGAAGGUUGGUUCGUGUCAGCAAGAUGAUGUUCAUAGGUUUAAGUUGUUUCAUAAUCGUUAUCUGCAAUGGAGGUUUGCUAAUGCCAAGGCUGAAGCUUGUUUGAAAUCGCAGAAAAUGCAUAGUGAGAAGCAGUUGUAUUCAUUGGUAGUAAAGAUAUCAGAAUUGCUGGAUUCUGUUAAAAGCAAACGUGUUGAACUUGCACUUUUGAAAGAAGCAAAAGCUCUGUCUGCGGUUCUUGAUACGCAGAUGCCUCGCUUGGACGAAUGGUCUUCAUUAGAGGAGGCUUACUCUUCUUCGUUGCUGGAAUUAACUCAAGGUUUGCAAAAUAUAUCAUCUCGACUUCCACUCAUAGGCAAUGUAAAGGCUGACGUAAAAGAGAUAAAUGAAGCAAUGAAUUCAGCUUUGAAGGUGGCCGAAAGCAUCGGCUUGCAGGUCCAAGAAUUUAUGCCCAAGGCCGAGCAAGUGGAUGUUUUAGUUUCUGAUUUAGCAAGAGUACACAACGGAGAAAUUACACUUGUUCAUGAGUGCGGUGAUUUAUUGUACAAGACACAUACUUCACAGAUAGAGGAGUGCAGCCUAAGAGGGCAGCUAAUGCAAUUCCAGAAAUGCAGUUUUAACCGAUCACAAGAAGUUCAAACCUAACAUGUUUUGCUUCACUCACACGCCAAAUGUUUUGGUCAGUUCGAUUAGUUGGCCUAUCGAUUGCAUCUCAAGCCAAAACUGGAGUAUGAGAGGUCAGGACGCGCCUUUUGUUCCCAACUGUAUGUAACCAUUCUUUCGUAUUCUUUCGCUGCAUCAUGCCAAGAGAGCUUUUUUUGGAAGGGCGUCAAGCGAUAGAAUAUGUGCAGUUUCAGAAUAGUUGUACCAAAUCUUGUACAGUGUAUGCAAUCAUGUGAUACCUCUAGAAAAAUGAAGGUAUGAAUGAAUAAUGCCCUUGUGCCUUUCGCUUACAUUCUCUCUAUUAACUGAGACUGAACAUUAUGGUUGGGAAUUUACCUUAGCCCCAAAGUGAAUAUGGGGCAUUUGAUUUUUCUAUAAUGAAAUCUUGUUCCUUGAAGUAAUAAACUAUGAGAGUGGUUCCAAGUACUAGUAAAACGUAUUGCCGUA